GAGGAGCUAAUAGUCGAUCUGCAAAUGAAAUAUACACAGAUUCAGGAGCAGAUGAAUACGAAUUUUGAGCAGGAAAAAAUGCAACUUAAACAGAAAUUUGAGGAUAGUUUACAGUUGAAAGAGAAAGAACUGUCCGAGGUUAAAGUGGAGCUGUUGCAAAAGACUGCUACCAUUGCAAAGCACUUUGAGGAGAAUAUACAUCAGGAGAGUGAACUGCAGUCAACUCUAACGAAGCUGGGGGAAACUGAGAAGCGUUGUGAGACGCUACAACAGCAAAAUAUUCAAUUGUCAAAUGAAGCAAUAACCACAGUGCAACGAUUUGACGGUGAAAUGAAGAAGAAACAGUCAAAAAUAGAUGAGCUCAAUAUUCACAUUAAAUCAAUUAAAACUAGUGAGAAUAAUUUCCUGUCUGAACUCGAAGCGCUUAAGGAAACCAACAAGCAACUGGUAACAGAUAGAGCUAAACAAGAUGCUAACGCUCGACAGGCGCUGAAUGAGUUCGAAAAUCAAAUGACCGAGCAGAAAAAGCUGUAUAAUGAAUUGGAGCAACAGCACUUGAAUAUCACCAAGGAAUUAACAGUUGAAAAGACUGUGUUGAACCAACAGCUUGAAGAUUUUAGGGAAACCCAAGAGAAGAAUAUGUCUGAGUUCCAAGAGAUGCUUGAUCAAAAGGAAGCCGACCUUAUUGCGUUAAAAAAAAAGUAUGCCGAUCUUGAGCGCGAAAAGAAUUCUGAAAUAACGCAGCUUAACUACAAGAUGAACCAAAUUGGGAUCGUCUUUUCCCAGUCUGUCGCCACCGCUGAGCCUGUAAUUAAAGACCAGAACAAAGGUCAGAUAACUGCCAAUAAAACUGCGCACCGAUCGCAGUCUGUUGCUUCAGUUAAUGCAGCUGAAACCUCUGGCAAAAGUGUUACAAAAAUAUCAGCUGCCAUAGCACCAUCAGCAUCGACAUCUGUAGCACCAAGAGCAGUAGCAGCAGCAAAUCCUGCGGUUAACAGACGCAAACUAGUUAAGCGACCCGUUUAUCGGGUGAACAAUUCUGACUUUAACACUGAUACAGAUGAUAACGACCAACAGACAGAAUGGCAACCACCACAAAAAAAAUAUGUUGCUCUACACAAGCGGGAGCGUCGUGAUUCGUCCGAGAAUAAUAAUGACUUGUUUGAUGCACUAAAGAAGUCAAGCAACUAAAUAGAGGAAGCUACUUCUUUCUAAAUUUCUUUAAAUACUUUUGAAAAAAAAAGUAUUCUAAAUCGAAGUGAAGAAAUUACAAUUAAUUUCAUUACAUACUUAUGCCAGGCGCAUAGGAAUUCGAAUAACUUACUUUCAGAGAAUUAUCAUCUUAAACUUUGUCAUUG